AUGGUGGGGCAGCGGGGGUCCGCCUACGAGCCCUCCGCGCUCGACACCUCGCUGUGCUCCUCAAAACCCGGGAGCAGCGACGGCGUGGAGGAAGGGGUGGGCGGCAAGCUCAAGAGCAGCCCGGAGGUGGGGCAAGGGGUGCCCCUCCAGGCCGCGGAGACGCUGCUGCGAAAGGCCCUUCGAUCCGUCGCGAAGGGAGGGCGCGCGUCCGUGGCCCCGCGACACCAUAGCACGGAUUUGGCGUGGGUAUCGCAUGGCUACUCGUUGGUUUAUCAACGCGGACCUCUUUCUUUAUCCGGUGGGCUCUACGCUGCGAUCGGGUACAACUGGUCUGAGCAAUGGAAGCUUCACAAAGGAGUCCUGGAGCGGUGGGAUCAUAAAACGGGAAAGGAGAUGGAUCACCGGGGACUCCUCACGGAGCUGCUGGCACAUGCGAAGGAAGAACAGCAGGGUGUGGGGAGUGCAAAACACCCGGGUGACACCGUAGACAACUCCCUCGUGGAUAUUGGCACCAUAGAGCGGACGAAUUCGCUACGCACGAUGAACGUGCUGCAGCUGAUGUGGGAGCUCACCCAGUGGCAAUGGCGUGGGGUGCUGAACGUGCGCCUCCUUCCCAUCAGCCAGCACACCUAUGUCCCGCUGUUCGAUUACUCCGUGCAAACCCCAUGGCUCUCGUCAUCGCUGCAGUCCGACGAGUUGUCCCUCAACUGGUGCGGUUUUUUGACGUUGUAUCAGCGGCCUUUCCGCGCCCUCGCCGCAGGGGCGACCAGGCCCCCACCGGUGGAACCCCUUCCGGGAACAAAUUCGCCUUACUGGUGGUCCCUUCGCCGUCUCGACGUGGGGGUGGGCGCCUCCCUCAAGCACGACCUUCGGAGCGGGUUUAACCUCUACUGGGGGUGGGCUGCCUACCUCGGGCGGGGUCUGAGCUUUUCCAGUCACAUCGACAUGCUGCGCCGGCUCUCCUGCUCGGCGAGCUCCUGUCUGGGGCCGCUCGACCUCUCCAUGCGGGUGCGGCUGAACCUCAUCACGCUGCACAACACCACCCUCGACGUCGGCGGCCGCUACCGCCCCUUCCCAGGGAAGUUUCCACGAACGGCGAUGCGGGCCUCCACGACGGGCGCCGCCACCUCCCUCGGCUUCCAGGUGGACGACCUCACCCACGAGUUCUUCGCCGGGUGGAUCGCGCGGCAUCGGGAGGAGCGCCUGAGAUGGGACCUCCCACAGGAGGGGGCGGCGGCGGCCCUGUUGUCGAGCCCUUCGCCCGAAGUGGCGCCGGUGGCGGGGGGGGGAUGGAUCUUCGGAUGGGCCGCCCCUGCGUGGGGGUACCUCACUAGCGGGUGGACAACGGCGGGGUCGGCCGUGCAGGCCCCUUCCCCCACUCCCCCACCCCCCCCACUCGCCAGUCGGCCUCAUGGGAGUCUUACGAGUGGGGAGGGCCGUGGAGAUGCAGCAGGGGGCUGCCUUGGCUUCGCGCGGUGUGCCUCACAGCUCGGCCAAAGGCUGUGGUUGACAUCCAAGGCGGGCGGCGGUGCGCUGAAACACGCGGUCACCUCCCACGUGGUUCGCAGCUGCCGGGGGGUGCAGCAGCAGGCCAUCCGGUCCUGGGUUGUGGUGCGGCGUUUGGAUUGGCUUGAGGAGGCGUUGGAUGGGGCGCACUUGGAUCUCUCGGUAGGGAUCACACACGGCGCCGUGCGGGGCGGCGACCAUGGUGGGCAAGCCUGGAGCACCUUUAUCAUCCUCUCUUCCCAUUGA